UGCAAAGUUUGUCCAGGCCCUAGCUGCCGCUAUCCGGUUUCCCAGACAGCGUGAGGCAAGGAAGGGCAAAGCUAACGUACCAUUCUCCAGUUGUGCGAGAGAUCCGGAAGCCUCGGGCCGCACAGCCUUAGACAGAGCAUAUCUCACACAUCGUGCGUGGCGUCCUGAUACUCGCGCGACAAACCAGCGCUGCCCACGACAAAUGGCCUACUACGGCGGCCCCGCGCGGCGCGCCGCGCGCCUCGCCGCGCGGCGCUUCAGCCAGCGCAAGAACGCCGUCAACGGCAAGGACGACCGCACCAUCGCGCCGCUGCCGGGCCGCGAGUUCCCGAAGCCGCACUCGCCUUUGUGGUUAGCGUUGCGGAGUCCGGUACAAACGCAGCCCGAGGAAAUUGUGGCACAAAGAGCUGCGCAAAAAGCAGCCGCCGCCGACGCGGCCGCGAAGGCCGCCGAUGACGCCCGAAGGAAGGCGGAACGAGCCGCGGAGAAGGUGGCCGAAAAACGAGCGGAAAAACAAUUCGACGACAUGAUGUCCGGCAAGGGCUACGCGAACGUGUCGCCCUCGACGCUUGCCGGCCCCGUGGGCAGCGCGGACGUGACGCCGUCGGACCGCGUCGCGAAGCUCCGGAAUUUCGCGAUGACGCCCCUCGAACUGAAAAGUGAGUUGGACGAGAUGGUCGUCGGCCAGGACAACGCCAAAAAAGCGCUGAGCGUGGCCUUCUGCGAGCACUUCCACCACGCGCGGCGGUGUAUAGAAGAGCCCGAUAGAUCUUCGAAGAUGUGGCACAAAAAAAACAUUUUAUUGGUCGGCCCGACGGGCACGGGCAAGACGCAAUUAUGCAGAGCGCUGGCGCGCGUCGUCGACGCGCCCUACGUGAAGGCCGACGCUACUACUUUCUCCGCGACGGGGUUUGUUGGACGAGAUGUCGACGACGUGAUCCACCAAUUGCACGAGGUCGACAACGAGGCAGCGCCCUUCGGCGUGGUCCACAUCGACGAGGUCGACAAGAUAUGUCCCCGCGGGUUAAUUAGUGGUACGGUCAACACCAGGGAUGUACAAACAGCAUUGUUAAAACUCAUGGAGGACGCCGAGGUACCUCUAAAGGGCAAGAAGGGGGACUCCCGAAAGCUCUUCUCGACGAAGCACGUUUUGUUUGUCUUCUCGGGCGCGUUCGAGCAGCUGUCGUCGGUCUAUGCGUCGGAGGGUGUGAAGGCGCCGGAGCCCUCUGACUUAAUUAAUGCGGGGCUUUUACAUGAAUUUGUGGGCCGCGUGCCUAUUAGAUGUGCCCUGGAACCACUCUCGGUCGAUCAUUUACUUUCGAUCAUGGAAUCAGACUCCGAAAUCUCUCCGUUAACGCAAUACCGAGACAUGUUCGCGGCGCAUGCCAUAGACCUGUCGUGGGACACGGAGGCGCUGCGGACCAUUGCGGAGCGCGCCCACGCUCACGGGUUAGGUGCGCGCGCGCUGGUCGCGGAGCUCGACGCUGUUUUUCGGGAGUUUGCCUUUGCGCUGCCCGGGUCGAGCGUGACCGAGUUGAAAGUGACGGAGGAUCUUGUAUCGAAACCCGAAGAGGAAUUGCGGAGGCUGCUGGCUGUGUAAAUUAUGUGUAC